CCCCCUCCCUCCCCCCCCAGUCCAUCAGUGUUGUCCCAGCAGGUCCUGGCUGUCUGCAGCUCUCCUGGGAGCCCCCGCCCACACACACCCAGAACGGACACAUCCUGGGAUACAAGGUCCACUACUGGCAGAGGGAGCAGCAGAAUCAGACUGAGAAGGUGCAGGUGGUGUUCGUCCCAGAGACUAGCCUGCGCCUGGGCAACCUGACCAGCUACACAGCCCACCUGCUCACCCUCACCGCCUUCACCAAGGCUGGGGACGGGCCAGCCAGCGAGCCCCAGGGGGCUAGGACCCUGCAGACAGCCCCCAGCCAGCCCAGCUUCCUGUCCUUCUCUGAGGUGACAGGAUGGAGCGCCAACGUGUCCUGGGGGGCCCCAGCCUCCCCCAACGGGCUGCUGGAGGGGUACAGGGUGGUGUACCAGCCCACAGCUCCUGUCCACGGGGUGACCAGGCAGGUGACAGUGGAGGUGAAGGGCAGCUGGCAGCGUUGGCUGCAUGUCAGAGAGCUCAGCAGAGGCGUGGCCUACAGCUUCAGCAUCCAGGCUCGGACCGUCCACUACGGCCCCCCCCUCCUCGCCAACCUCACCUCCCAGCCCCUCAACGGCACCCCUGGUUCGCCCCUGGAGAUGUCAAUCACCAGGACCUCCUCAGCUCUCACCAUCCACUGGUUGGAGGGCAAUAAGGGGGCGGGACCUAUCAUAGGUUAUGUCAUUGAGGCACGCCCCUCAGAUGAGGGGGUGUGGGACUCCUUCGUCAGGCUCCUCCCCCCUAGCAGCAGGACUGUUUCCGUGGCGAUGGACCGGCUGAGAUCAGGGGUCGGAUACGAGUUUCGUGUCAUUGCUGUUAAUCGCUACGGUUACGGAGAGCCCAGCUCACCCUCCGCGGCCCUCGCAGUCCUGGCGGAGCGGCCCUUCUAUGAGCAGUGGUGGUUCCUGCUGGUGCUGGCCCUGGUGGGCCUCAUCCUGGUGCUGCUGCUGGUCUGCACCCUGCUGCUGCACGGACACAGCCACAAGGACCGCUCCUGCUCCACCAACGGAAAGCACAUCCAGACGGCUGAGGAGUCGGUAACCCUCGACAACGGAGGCUUCACCUCCCUGGAACUGAACAGCCGCAGUCUGAACACCAAGAACUCCUUCCUGAAGAAGAACGGAACCAGGUCCCCCCCUAGACCCAGCCCUGGAGGGCUCCACUACUCAGAUGAAGACGUCACCUAUAACGGAGCUGUGCUCACAGAGAGCACCAUGCUGACGGAGAAGGCUGCUGAGCUGUCUGGCUCUGAGCUCUCAGACAGUGACUACGAGGACGACCCUCCUAAACACUCGUUUGUGAACCACUACAUGAGCGACCCCACCUACUUCAACUCGUGGAAGCGCGCGCGGGGCCAGCAGGGGCCCCAGCUGGAGCAGGACUACCCCACCGUGGUCACCCAGCACCCCAGCGGGGGGGCCUACACCCCGGGGGGCCAGCCUGCACACACACACCCCCUCAACAACCCCCCCCCAGGGUCACGCACUCCUGUCACAGGGUUCUCCUCUUUCGUCUGACGCACACACGCACGCACACAUACACACACACGCGCACACGCUAUUAUGCAGACACGUUUUGUCAACACACACCCUUCCUUUGGAAGUGAACACACACGGUCAUCUGCACACACAGACACACCAGCAUGGAGGAUAGAGGGCAGAAAGACCUACUGUGACGAAACAUUAUGCUGAACGAGGACGAGGAGAAAGGGAGUCAAAGAAGACAAGAAAAGAUGAACAUUUAAAUGAACUUAUGACCCAACUCCCUCUCCCUCUCGACACAAUCACCUUGUUUAUCGCUGUGCCAACUAGUGUGUACCUCCUAAAACACUUGUGAUGUCACUGUGUUCGCACAUACACACUGAUCUGACCAGCUGUAGAGAACACACUGAAGAAGGAAGAUGAACAAUCAUCACAGGUUUGGGGUGGAGGGAGGCCUGGAGGCCUGGAGGCUGGAGGCUGGAGGCUGGAGGGCAACUCAUGAGCACUUAGAUGAUGUUGUAUGUUUGCUUGACAGGGAAAAAGAAAUAGUGUUUACAAACACAGGGGAUGUUUUUGAGUUUGUAUGCAGAAUGAUGUGUGUGUGUGUGUGUGUGUGUGUGUGUGUGUGUGUGUGUGUGUGUGUGUGUGUGUGUGUGUGUGUGUGUGUGUGUGUGUGUGUGUGUGUGUGUGUGUGUGUGGCACCUGGUCCAGUCCCAUGAUGCUGUGUGUCCCUGGCUGUAAGUGUAUAUUUUUAGGAUGGAUUUUGUACAGACACUUUCUACUGCUGUUUAGUUCUGUCUGUGCUGUUACAGUAGAUAGUGAAUCUCACACACUCACACACCUCUAUGUACACACAACCUCUACACAACACACACUCCUCAACAUGGACAUACAUACA